AUGCCCGAGCGCGGGUGGCACGUCACGCGCUCGGCGCCUGCGCUGCCCGCCGAGAAGCGUGCAUUCGGUGCUUGCGUGGCGGCCCGCCGCUCGCUCGCGGUUUUUUUUCCGCUGCACAGUCCGCCUUCUCCAAGUGCGGGUACAGUAAGUAAAAGAACGGGCGGAUCGACCGCUCGCGCCGCCUGUCUCCCACGCACGCAAGCGCGCGAAGGGGGGGCCCUCCAUCAAAAGAAAAAUUCAACCACCUCCCUCUUCCUUUCUUCCCGGCCUUCUCUACUCCACGCAAUAAAGCGACCUACGUGGCCCAACCGACUCGCGACGGACGUCCGGCACCCGCACCCGAACCGCGGAUCCUCCCUCGCAUCUGCAGUCGGGCAGACGUCGAAGACGCGCGGUCGCGCUGCCUGCGUCUUUGCGUCGGCGGUCUUAUACGCCGACUCGGGGCCCGCGCGCGGCGAGAGCCCGAGCCUAGAGCACGGUGUGGACCGCGCCAGGCUCGCUCGCGGCGGCCCGCCCGCUCAGCUGCGGCUGCGGCCUCGUCCCGCCUCGCCUCCCGCGACGCUUGCUUGCCUGCUCGCCCGCUGUCCGCCAGCUCGCCAGACGCUGCGCGCGCAGCGCUCCCACCCGCUCCGCCGAUCACGCUUUGCCCCCGACGCCCGUUCCGAGCCCGAGUCCCACGCCGACCUGGGACCCAGCACCCAACUUGCUAGACCCAAAGCGGCGCCUGCGUCGAGGCGUCGUCGACCCCCUCGCGCGCGCGCCGCAUUCCAGUGCCCGAGCUGCCCUACGGCCACUCAUUCUUUUUCUGCGAAGCGGCGGGUUCCUCGCGUGUGCCCCUGGGCGCCCUAUCUUACGCACGGCGUACCCACGCACGCUUCGCCGGAUUCGCGCGGGUUGCGAGAGGCGGUGCGCACGGCCUGGCUCGCGGACGGUCGUGUCGUACACGGACAGGAUAAGGAGGGAUGGGGAUGGGGAUGGGGUUAA